UAUGGCACUGUCUCACACACCACUCCAUUCAUUUUUUUCCUCCAGUAUGUGAGUCAAAGAUAUUUUAUGUGUCCAUGUUUCAAAAAGUGUUUUCUGUCAAUGAACAAAAACUUUAUAUUUUAUAAUUACAGAACAGUCUAGGCAAUAAGCUACCAGAACUUUUUCUGUAAUUUCACACACUUAUGUUGAACAACUAAGAUGUACUGAAACGGCACUUCUUUUUCUUCUACUAAGAAGUCUCAGGGGUUAAAUAUUCAAAUGUCUUUACAAUGACAGAAAGGGGAGUUUCACUAGCCUCACUUAAUAUCAAAGUGGGCUGUAUGUGGGCCCAUCUGUAUAAGAUUUAAAUAAAAUCAGAAUGCAGUGAUUAAUGAAUCAUUUACAUCACACGUUUAAUUGGAAAAAUACUACAAAGCAAUGUGUUAAAUGCUGAAAGAAAAAAUGGUGUUGUCCUUGGAAAAAUAUGUGCUUAAAACAUGGUAGCAGGUCAACGUAAGAAGAAAAAGACCAGCCCACUGGAUCAACAGUUCUUUAAGAAUAUGGUCUCAGGCCCUCAGGCUGCAGCACUAAAAACAGACCUUCUGUAGGAAAAAUGAUUGCAUGCGCUCAGGAACACUUCAUGUGAACCAGAUCAAGAAAACACUUCUGCCUCCUGCCACUACAGCAUCAUCUGUGGUGUCUAGGUCCUUUAAUGCACAAGGCAUUGGUAUCAUCCACCUUUUGUGAAGGCCACAUUAAUAAUAAUGUAUUCAUCUCACAUCCUGGUUGUGGUUGUUGCAAACUACCUGAUCAUCAUCAAAGCUGACCUCAACAAUGUGCACAGGUAUUCCAUGGUGAUAUCUAUGGGCUAUCUGACUGCGUGCCAAGUGAGCCGAGUCUUCAUCUUUAACUAUGGAAUACCUUCCACUGACUUCUCUGGACCUUUGAUGAUAGUAACACAGAAGCUCACCACGUUGGCUUUCCAGCUCCACGACGGUAUGUGUAAGAAGACUGAACAGUUGCCACAGGAGCAGAAGCUCAUGGCUAUAAAUGUGAGGCCUUCUCUCAUCGAGUACCUGAGUUACAAUCUGAACUUUCUGAGUGUCUUGGUGGGGCCAUGCAGUAACUACAAAGAGUACAUAGACUUCAUAGAGGGCAGACACAUCAGCACGAGGCUCAAGCAGCAGCAUGCCUCAAGUAAUCGGCAGAAUGGCUACAAUAAGACCCAGGACCCAUCACCUCUGAACGCCGUUUGCCAUAAGCUGCUAGUCUGCGCCGGCUGUAUGCUGUUCUUCCUUACUGUCACUCGGUCCUUGCCCAUAAAGUACAACGUUGACCCCGACUUUGUGAGCCAAGCCUCCUUCCUCACCAGGCUCACUUAUGCUUUCUUCUCCAUACAAGCUGCAAGGCCCAAAUUCUACUUCGCCUGGACAUUAGCUGAUGCAGUCAACAAUGCUGCAGGAUAUGGUUUCCUUGGGAUGGAUGAACAUGGAAAGCCAUCCUGGGACCUCAUCAGCAACCUCAACAUCAUCGGGAUUGAGACAGCAACCAGCUUCAAGACCUUCAUAGACAACUGGAAUAUUCGAACAGGAAUUUGGCUUAAAACGGUGUGCUAUGACCGAGCACCAAAGCACCGUUUGGCGUUGACCUUUAUCCUGUCUGCUUUGUGGCAUGGUGUUUAUCCAGGGUACUAUUUUACCUUCCUCACCGCCAUCCCCAUCACCAUAGCAGCAAGAGCUAUACGGAGGUCAAUUCGUCAUUACUUCCUGGGCUCCAGAGUCAUGAAGCUGGGUUAUGACAUCUUGACUUGGGCAGCCACACAGCUGGCCAUCUGCUACACUGUCAUGCCUUUUCUCCUUCUUGCAGUUAACUACACUAUAGUUUAUUACAGGUCCAUGUACUUCCACGUGCACAUAAUCAGCAUUCUGGCUGCAGUCGCCCUGCAUCGCAAACAUAAACCCAGGGAACCCACCACCACUAAAACCUCCUCUGUCUCCUCCUCCGCUCCGUGCUCAGCCCAGUGCCAGCAUGUUCACUCCAACAACAAUGACAAAGACUGAAAAUCUCACUUUGCGUUCUUUUACCAGGCUUUUAGGACUCUGUCUCCUCUCAAAGACAAAUGAGUAUCCCUAGGGCAUUCAGCCAGCUUGAAAUGGGAAAACAUUGUGCUAUUUAUUUUGACUAUACAGAGUAAAGGAAAUUUGUACUUAUGGUACUGGAUGUGUACGGGGAGAGCCCUCUCCCAUGAUUGAAGCUCAUCAGGCAGACACUGAAGAAAAACCUCAGCUGAGGAAAUGGUUCUGGUACAACCACUGCCACCAGAAUGCUGGCCCCCAACCCCCUUUCCCCUUUUACCUACUCCCGCUCCCUGCAGCUUUUCCUCCCUCCUUGGCCAUCUCACCAGCACCAGCCUGCCUCCUCCAACAACAAUACAACAGUGUGAAGAGAGUAUUGAGACUCACUUUCGUUCCUGUCCUCAAUCUGUGCUGUCCCACUGACUGGUGGGAUCUCAGCCAGCACAGCGGGUCAGCAGCUCAUAAACGGGCCACAAAUACCAGGACACAUGCACACGCAAACUCAUGCAUAAAUAGACACUAGGAAACAAAAACGCACAUAUAGCCGCUCUUAGACAUGCUUGUACUCGGUCGCAUUCGGGCGGCACACAAAGGCUGCCCUUGUGAGGCUGCAGAGGAGCAUGCCAAGAGGAGGCUGCACCCGCUGCACUCGCUCUGCCCAGAGGAUUUUGUAGAUCUGUGUGGGUGAUGGUUCGCCCCACUGUUAUAUCCCAACAGCCACUGUCAGUGACCCCCGAGUGUGUGGACCUAAUCAUGAACUGCCACAAUACUUCCACUGUUUACUGGCUUGGAUUAAAACCACAUGAAAAACUAAUCAGACCAUGGAGCUCUUAAGCUUUUUAGUGGAAGCCUUAAUAUUACUGUUAACCAUUACUAAUGUUUUUAAUGAGUAUGGCAGCUCCUUCAGGUGAGGAGACUAGUAUUUUAUAGUUUCUAUAUUUCUUGGCUUCAGUCCCUGUGAACAAAAAGGAAAAGGUAAGAAAUAAAAUGAAAUCUUUUGCCCCUGUUGGUUGAAAGCCAAAGUACACUUCCCAUAGUUAAAUUAGUAAAGUUGAUCUAUUCCUCUACUGAAAGUCCCCUUUUCUCUAACAGUGACAAAAGUGAAGGUAGUUAAUGUGCGCAGUGCUCAGUCCCUGUUGGCAAAAUGUCAAGGAAACUGAGAAAAGGCUCAAAAUGGAAAUUAUGAUCUGAAAAAGUGAUGUUUCCGUGAUUCUUUGUAGCAGCGGAGGUUUGAUUUAACAGAGACAUCUGGUGGUUGUGUGAACUGAGCUGAGCCAAGUCAUGAAGAAAAGUCAUCUGACUGACAUAAACAGCCAUUUUUCCAUGUGACACGAUGGCGUUGCAUCAGAAUUCAUUUUCUUCUCUGCACAAGCGUUUCGCUUUGCACAGAUGAUGCUGAAAAACUAGAAGUUAAUGUGCAGAUUACAGACUGUAAACAUGAGACACCUUUGCCUUUUUAAUUUAUUUUGCAGUACUUUUUUUUAUUUUUUAUUUUAGGACUGAUUAUAGAUUUUGGAGCAUUAGUAGUUUUAAAGGUGGCACAGUCGGAUUGUUCUUUAAUGGUGCUGUCUGCAAGCUAUGUGAUAGCUUUUCAAUACGUUUGUUAUAACACGAGUUGCAGUGCAAGAUGUUGUUUUGUAAAGAAAAUGCGCAUCACAUUUGAAAAUGUCUUACAAUGCAUUAUACAAGUUGCCUAGUGCAUCACGUUUAAUCACGUUGGAAGAACAAUCUUAAUGUUUUUUUAUUAUCCGUGUUGGAAUUUAAUCUAAACUUGAUAACGACAGAAAAUGUUUGCCUGUUUGGCUCAGUUUUUACAUACUGACUAAACCCUUAAUUUAUUAAGGCUCUGCUUUGAGGCUUGACUUUUUGACAUAUCAGGUGAUGUUACAGCUGCUUCACAAAACAUGGGAUGAGGAGAAAGCAUGAAUUUAACACUUAAAAAAUAGACAUACCAGGGUAUUUUAAAGGAAGUUAAAAAUGCUAUUAAAUUUUUUUGAAUAUGGUAAUCUUUGAACGUACAUGAGUACUUGUCAUGAUGUUAAAUCUUAGGGAUGAUGCCUUUUGGGCCAAAAGUUCUGAGCAUUUAGGUCUAAAAAGUGUGAGUGUAUUACACUUGGUACCCACAGGCCUCAUUAACCCGGCAACAUAUUUGUGGCUCCACGGGUUUCUGUGUCGGCGCUGUGAUUUUAGAGCAGAGGGGCAGAUUUACAGUAUGAAUAUGUUGACGAGCAGCUAUUUAAAUGAUUUAAUACCGAUACUGAAGAUAUUUUUGUAUUUGCUUUGAUGAUGUUUGCUGUCUAAUUGUACUGACUGUGAGAAUGUGAGAUUUUCUGAUUACACCAGUGCUCCAUUUUAGUGUUUUGUGUGGAGGAAAGUCUGAGUAACAAAUAAAGCUCGAAUGAAACUCUGUUGCAGGUUUAUUAUAAACUAUAACGAAGACGCUUUUUGUUUUUGUGCUCUGAAGAUAUGACUGUAAAACCUCUUUUAGGAACAAACAAUUUCUGAUGUCAGAAGAAAACAUUUGCUGUGUUCGUUCUUACAGUUUGCUCUCCUUCUCCAUGCGACGCCUCUCCUCACAGCAAUUUAACCUCGGAUGAUAUUCUCAAAGGGGCUCCGUCUUUGUCCCUUGUGUCACGUCUUUUCCCAUGUGACACAGACGUGUGUGGGUGUGCGUGUGCAGUGAUUCUGCCUGAAUUCAGUCACGUAAUGACAACUGUGAGGCAAGACGAGAGGAAAACAAACAUGUAUAAAAUGAAGUGAACAAUCACUACACUGCCUGACUGUUUUCAUUUUAGAGAGACUCAAAUACCUCAGCUGUUAUUAAAACAACAACAGCUGAUCAGAAAAGUAUGGAUGCUUGCAUAACUAGUUUUUGCAAAUAUAACCAAUCAUCUAGAGGGAUUAGAAAAGUUGAGAGUAUGCGCCUUUUUUUAGUCAGCUGUAGUGUUUGCAUAUUUCUUAGAAAUCCUCAACCUGUCACCUAAAAAUGUGGAAACAAGUUGGAUAAGUUUUCCACACAAGCUACAAAAAUGUACAGGAUGAAAGGAAAAAAUGAAAAAAUCUAUGAAGUUUGAUCAAAUUACAGAAUUAAAAAAAAAAAAGAUUAUCAUACAUUUCAUCAUCGAAACAAAUAACAAAACAAAAUUUAACUGUCCUUAAUGAACAAUAUAAAGCAAGAAAAAGCCUCCACUUAUUGUUCAGGCUCAGUCCUUGUCUUUCAUUUGUUCAUGCAUUCUGUGCUAGUCGUCCUAAAUCUUUGCUACUAUUUGAUCCAAUCGCUUGCACAGGAGUAGGAAGAGAUAUUAAAAAAGAAGGAGAGGCUGGAAGUUCCUGGAUCAGAUGAAGAAAAGCACAGCUUCGCUUUCCCAAGCUGACAGAAUGUUAAUGAUCCAAAGGCAAAGUUUUUAAUCAUCAUUUGUAGAUAGCCUGAUGGCUGAAGAGCUGCAGGCCACGCAUUUACAUUACAUACAUUUAAAAACAGCGUCCUCAUGCAGAACAUUCUGGCAAAGUCCACACCAGGGAAGAUGUUUGCAGCCAGGUCGCAACUUUAAUCAAAGCAGAUCAAUUCUGAAACAAAACAGCAACACACUCCUAUAAUCUACACCAGUUUUAUCCGUCUACAUUAUAUUUAAGGAUUAUUUUAAUGGUUCUAUUCUUUAUACAGUUGCACAGAGCACAUCUUCACCUUCACAGACAGCAAAACAUGAAUUUUUCAGCCCCUUGGACUCCAUCACAACACAGGAGCAACUGGGCAAACUGAUUAUUCUCGGCUAAAAUGAAGUUUCCUAGAGAGAUGAAGCUGAUCUCAGCUCCUGCUUGUACCAAUGCAAUGAAUUUAAACAACUUACCAACUCACAGCAUUCGAGGAACACCAGAACGUCAAACAAAAAAGAUCCUCAAUGCAUGCAUUUGACUGCAGCAUGCUGGAUUCAAACAUUUCUUUUUCUACCUUAUUUUCAAAAAACAACAACAACAAAAAGAGAUCGCAGCUCAAAAUUUCUGUGAACUGGAGAUCUUGUUGGCUCUCAAUAGCACAAUAACUUCAGUCGUGUAUUUUAAAUGGUAUCCAGGAAAAGGCAGUAUUACCAUACUUUAACUGAGAUUAUAUGUUUUCACUGCGGCUGGCACACUGAAGAGAGCCUUAAAGCCUGGGACAGGCCAUUUAACCGCGCCGUUCAAAGAGGCAAAUUGCUGUUAUUACUGCAAACCUUUCCCAUCCUUCAUAAAAUCCUUUUUGCUUUGAACAGACAAUCCAAUUUUAAGCAACUGAAGUUUAUCGCUAGCCAUCUUAAAUUGAAGCACAUGAUUCUUUGUGGCCAC